GUCCGUGUGGAGCUCAAAAACCAGCUCAUGGUGGGAAAAUGGCACUGAAUGAAACGAAUGCAUUUUUGGAAAUAUUAAAAUCAUUUAAUGUUGGUGAUAUGAUCCUCGCCUUCUGCUUAUCUAUUCUCGUGGGCCUGCUGCUGGGAGCUUUGAUCUACGUUCUGUUGACCUGGGCAUCAAGACGGCGGGCCACGGCCAGGAUCACACGGCGCUCCAAAAAGAAAUCCGGCAGCUCGCGACGUGACCCCACGGGCAGCCAGUUUGGCCUUUACCGAAGCACUUUCCUGAGUGUUUAUAGGCAGCCCUCUCUAGAGCCGGUGGGCCCCUUGGGGAGUAAACCCGGCGCUGAGACAUCCACCUUUCGGCCGCUACCCAAAAAGAGCAGGCCCAGCCUGGACAUGGGAGACGACACACGGGUAACCAUGUCAGAGGACACAGUGGCCAUGGACUCUUCUGAUUCAGCCUCCCUCGUACCAAGCAAGAGGAAUUCCUUCUGGCUGGGCGGCAACGGGCUUAAAGGAUUCCUUCCCUCACACACUCCACCUCCUGCAUAUGACAGCGUCAUCCAUGCCUUCCAGGAGACUUGCACUUAAAGCUGUUGGUAUGACAACAAGAACUGAGUCUGCUUUUUUUUUUUUUUGUUAAGCAUCUACAGACUGUUAAAACAGACUACAGUUGCAAUGUUUUUGUAAUAACUACACAUUUAGUUAGAUUUUUUUUUUCUUUAAUGAAAAAGUGCUACAGUGGCUCUUGAAAGCCACCUCAGUUAACUUUGACUUUUGGUGCGUUCACACCAAACGCGUUUUGAGUGUCAGGUGCAUUUGGUUUACGUUCAAAGACUACGUGGAGCGUUGGACGUGCUCUACGCAUCAAACGCUCCUAAAGGUUUGAAUUGGCCCUCGACAUGCCUGAUGCUCAAAACAUGCCAUAAUUGUGGCUUUACAGAAAUAAAUGUGGGAAAACAACCUUAUUGUUUUACCUUACUGAUAAGAGCUAAGGUUUUUAAUCAGAUUUACUAUAAAUAAUGGUGGUUAUAUACCAUAAAAAAAUUAAAUAAGUUACAUUAAAUUAAAUGUGCUUGACGCAAAUAUGAUUUAUUUGCUUAUAAAAAUUUUGAAACUAUUUUUGUUUAGUUUUCCUUUUUCUUGUCACAUAUUCCUUCGUUUUUAGUUGAAUUGAGGAGACUGAAAGUCACGUCAUGUGAAAAGUUUAACAGCUGACUUAUAUUAUAUCUAAUCUCAUUUUUCACAUCACAACCCGUUAUAAUUUUAUUGUCUUCAAAUAACUGCUCUAUUUUUUCCUUGGAAAUCCUGAAAAUUUAAAUUUCUUGUGUCAAACCAAAAAAUAACACACUAACAUUUUGUGGAAGAGUAAUGCAUAAAAUAUUAGCAAUGAUUAAAAAAAUAAAUCAUAUUUGCAUGCAAAUUCUUCAAUCUAUAUAAGUUCUAUAUUGAAAUAAAUAGUUUAAGAAUGGUUUAUACAUGUUGCAGAUUUGUUGGGACAGUGAAACUCCAAACGUAAGGAAUAUUUCUUCCAAAUUUGGAUUGGAACAUCUGGACUCUAUGAGCCACCGUAAACCAUGGAAGUCAAUUCAAUUUUUCAAGUGUUUGGCAGAAUAAAUGCAUAAAAAAAUACACUCUUUUCUGUGAGCUUUAGGCUUAAGCUGUAACAUCAAGUUACGCUCAUUUUCCUUUAAAGUAUUUCCACAUAGCUUUUGCAAGUCAGUGACUACCAUACAUGAUACUAUCGUUUGCAUCACUUCCUGAAAUAUCGCCUUGCCUAAAUCUCAUCAGACACAUAUGUUUGAUUGUUGGGGGGAUUUUAUUAUACCAAACAACCUAGAAGUUAUGCUCACUCUCAUUCAAACAUGGCGUCCUUCUAGAAGUGGCACUGGUGUUUGUAGGAGAAUAAUAUGACAUCGACAGGCAUCUGUAAUUUGUUGGUGGGCGGAGUCAGAAGUAACUGACAUAUUUUAAGAAAGAUUGAUAAAUGUUAUUAAUGAUCUGAUUGUUAGAUUUCUAUUCAAUGUUGAAGGCCUGUUUUAUAGUCUUACUAGAAUUUAAAAAAAGUCUGGCCUUUGGCCUUCUGAUGGUGAAGGUGUUAUGUUGUGUAUUAAAUUUCCUUAUCUUGCACCAGACAGUCACUUUAUUUAGCAUCUCAUGAGCCAAGAAAAUAUCAAUAUUUGCAUAAUGAGACUUUUUCUGUUUAGAUGUGAAUGAUUGUCUGUUUUGUGUGUCACUGAGAUGGACUGGUGUCCUGUCCAGCAUUUACCCUGUCCAGUGAUCAUUGGAGAUAAGCAGUGGACAGAUCAUUCAUCCCUUGUUUAGCUACCCAGGUCGUAAGUUAUGUUGCUCAACCCUCUUCUUUGGUAAAAUAGCUUUACUGUUAUAGGUUUUGACAACCUAGGCCACUAUGCAACAUCCCUGAAUCCAAACUUGAAUAUAUAUAAAGAUACAAUCAAAUCUACCCUGAACCUUUCAUAUUUGUCUUUAGCAAACGCCUCAAGUUGGUCUGGAUCUAAAUAAGUAUACUAUCACUUUCCUAAAAUGAUGGAGUAGGCUAAGUCAUUUUGCCCAAAGUGUGUUUUGUUAUUGUUGUCUUUUUUUGUUGUUGUUUUUUUUUUGGCUAAAUCAUCUUCUGGCAAAAAAAAAAAAA